CAAAAAGGGACAGAAAGUCUCAGCCCCGCUCCCUCCGCGUGGGCGCCGCGGCUGCUCCGGCAGUUGCACUUUUGCUUUGCACGCCGAGGGGUGGGGACCGCGGCGCCUGCCGAGUCACAGCCCGCCGGCACGGCCAAGGCUAUAGAGGGGAAAGAGGAAAAGCAGAAGAGGGGUCCCAGCCUGCAGCAUACCCCGGGCUCCCACAAAAGGCUGUCGAGAUCCCGCGUGGAGGGAAAUGCCACCUGAAAGGUGACAGCGGCGCAGCUCCGGCCAUGAACCGUCGGCCGCUUCGGCACAGGACAAUGCGUUUCUCGGCGUGGAUCCCCCCCAUCAAUCCUGCAAGCGACGACGGCGACUUCUGACAAAGAGCACGAGCAGAGCGCACGAGCGAGACUUUAAUUAGCUCACUCACCCCAUAACGAAGCUCCUCCCCAGAGUGGACACGAUGAGCUGGGAAGCAAAGCCUCACAUGCAGAUUCCAAGGCUGAAGGUUUUUAUUUAAGCCCUGAGAACCUGAGGAGAACCUGGCUGCAGAACGCAGUUACCGCGUUGCCAUAGUGAAGAUGUUACCAUGCCGGGGCUGAGCACGGAGCUGGAGGACAACCAUGACCAACAGCUCCAACUGCUCCGAAACAGACCUUAAACUCUACUAUGCCAUUACGUACACUUUAAUCCUAAUCCCUGGGCUAAUAGGAAACACAUUAGCUUUGUGGGUCUUUUACGAGUACAUGAAAGAGACUAAAAGGGCCAUAAUAUUUAUGAUCAAUUUAGCCAUUGCCGACUUAUCACAGGUUUUGUCCUUGCCCCUAAGGAUUUUCUACUACUUGACGGGGAUGUGGCAAUUUGGAGAGGGCCUCUGCAUGUUCUGCUUCUACCUGAAGUACGUCAACAUGUACGCGAGCAUCUACUUCUUGGUUUGCAUCAGCGUCCGGCGGUAUUUGUUUGUGAUGUACCCCUUCAAAUUCAGCGACUGCAGGCGCAUCUACGACGUGUACAUCAGCAUCGUGGGCUGGGUCGUGGUCUGCAUCGGCUGCUUGCCCUUCCCGCUUCUCAGACUGGACAAGGCUGCUAAAAACAAGUGUUUCGUGGACCUCCCUGUGAAGCAACUCAGCCUUCCCAUCUCCAUAGCCAUGACGACCAUCGGUGAGCUGGUGGGGUUCAUCACUCCCCUGCUCAUCAUCCUCUACUGCUCAUGGAAGACGAUCCUAUCGCUGAAAGAAAACAACUCCGCUUCGCGUGACCUCGGAGAGAAAAAGAAGGCUUUAAAGAUGAUUCUCACCUGCGCUGUGGUAUUUCUGAUCUGCUUUGCGCCUUAUCACAUCAGCUUUCCACUGGAUUUCCUUGUCAAGACAAAAAAGAUCAAGAACGAGUGCGUCCAGAAAGUGAUUUCCGUGUUCCACGUUGUCGCGUUGUGUCUCGCCAGCUUCAACUGCUGCCUGGACCCCGUCAUUUACUACUUUACUACAGAUGAGUUCCGGAGACGCCUGUCCCGGUACGAGCUGCAGGACAGCAUCCAGCUCCACGACCUCAGCUACGUGAGGAGGAGCUCCAGAAACAUCCUCAGGAAGGACCCCAUGGACUGCUAGCGCUGGCCUUCCCCAGAACGGUGCAGGACUUCCCAAAUUCACUAUAUUUUGGGGUUUGGCCCAACUUUCUUCCCUGGGGCACUGAGGACAACAACUCAAGAGAAGCUUCUGCUGAUACGAGUGAGGCCUGGAGAAAGAAAACCAACCAAAAAGCCAAACCUGACAGAAAAUAUAUUGAUUUAAUACUUUGGUUGCAAGUUUUCUCUGAAUAUAGACAACGGCGUGUGAUUCCCGUGUCCUGUCAUGUACCCCGGCUGCAGCAAGAGGCUGUAAAGGUUUUGGGGGUCUGGCUACAUGGGAAGAAUUUGGUCCUAAAAAUUAGUAGGUGACACAGGAUUAUAUUUUUGUGAAGGGAAAGACAACACAGCGAUGACAAAUUUCUACCCCCUGGGCCAAACUGACCAUUUAGAGGCGGCCCCAAGGGACUUGUCUUUUCCAUAAUUAACCGAGCCUCCAUUUGGGGUGUAGCAAAUGACAUAUCCACACAUCACAAAGUCAUUCCAAUGUCCAGACACUAUUUUUGUGCCACCAGUUCCCAUUUCUGGCUCGAAAGCCAGAUGGUUUGGGGCCACAUUGCUGCCCUGGAUAAGCUUUUUUAUUCAGCAAACCUUCCAGGUCCUCUUCUCACCAGAGAUGGGGCAAAUUAUUUCCCUGUCAUUGAUAACUGACCCUGUGCCAUCACAUCUACUCUUUGUUAACAGCAGCAUAAAUAAAACCCCACCGGAGGAACCAAACCUUUCUGACGUGUGUUGUAAAGGGAACUCACUACCAGCAGAGCCAAAGGUGCCACCCGACACAUUCUUAACAAAGGUGCAACUGUGGAUUUAUUUUUAAUAAUAGUUUCUUUAAAAUCAAACAAACAACAGACGCUUUGGGCUUGACUGGUAUUUCAUUUGCACCUUCUUGUGAAAUCCAUUUUCCUGUGAACAUUUGAAACGUUACAUUUUGACAUGUAAAAAUACUGUGAUGCUAUUGGGUUUUAUUUAAUGCAAGUGUUGUUUUAUAGAUUUAAUUUAUAAAAACAUAUCUAUUUUGUAGAAAAACUAUGCAAACCCCAGAGAUGCUGGAACAUGGAAAGACCCUUCCAUAUAAUAAAAUCCAACUCCACCACCUCAUCCCUCCGGGAGUCCGAGCCAGCGUGUCCGUACCCGAGUGUGUCGGCUGAGGACAUGCUGCUAAUUCGUGGAAAAUGAGGAAUAUAUUGUAACUGGUUCACAGCAAUGAAAAAAAUAUUUAUUUUUUGAUUUCUUGUUGUAUAUAAUUAAAAAUAUACACUUUUUUUUUUACAUUUUAAAUGUAAUUCUUGGCCCGCUGUCCCCUGUCUCACCACCUGCAUCCCCAGCCCAGGCGCCCACGGACCAGCGUGCGGCAGCCAUUGGGUCGGAUGCAGGACGGUCCCGUCCAAACCCCCCCCAGCUACUUUGAGCUUCUGAAGAGGGGAAAGAAAAGAGUUCAGAAAUUGUUCAGCGAGAAAAACCUCAAUAAGCUGAGGUUUUCCCACCCAGAAAACACGUCGGGCACCACACGAGCCGUUUCCCCCGCUGCCAUAGCAACGGGGUUUAUUCAUACGAAAUUUAACGGCUCUCGUUACAGGAAGGUGGGUGUAGGAGUCGCAGUCACUCACAUGAGCUGCAUUGGGACAGACGGACCUGUCGCUCACAUGAGCUGCAUUGGGACAGACUGACCUGU